AUGGAAUCUAAAAAUGAGAAGAAUACAGAUACUCUAACUCUUAUAAGUCAAUAUAUUGCAAGUGCUAAUGAUGAAAUUUCUAGCAAUCCUUAUGCAGUUGGACUCUCAGAAAUGAUGGCGAGAGACGAAAUGAGCUUGUUAGAACUUAUCCAGCAAUUAGGACCCAACCUUACUUCAGACAAAGACCUGAUCCGAUCGAGGGCGAUUUCAUGUCUCGUGGAUACCUUGAAAGAGCUUAAGCAGCUGAAGCUCAGUAGGCAUGAUAUAAAUGUUCUUUUGGACUUUUUCUUAGCCAAGAUGGAAGAUCAGAAUUCAGUUCAACAGGCGUUAUCUGGUUUGAAAACGAUCAUGGAGUUUAAGACGUUUCAUCCAAAAUUGAAUGACAAUUUACUUAGAAUACUAGAAGUCCUUUUGAAAUCAUAUGAACCUAGAAAGUAUUUAGCAAGAGUAAGAUAUGAAUCUUUUGAAGUGUUGAGUACCGCAAUGGAACACCAUUUGCAAUUUCUUCAGUCGAACCAAGAAGUUGCAAUUGCUUAUGUAAAAUCUUUUAUCCAUGUUGCUUCAGGUGAGAAGGACCCUAGAAAUUUACUUAUUUCUUUUGAACUAAACAAGCAGAUCAGUGAAGGUUUAUGUUUCAUCGGAACUGUACACAAUGAGGAGUUGAUAAAUGAGUUGUUUGAUGUUUGCUUUUGCUAUUUCCCAAUUUCCUUCAGUCCUCCUGAGAAUGAUCCUUAUAAGAUUACUGCUGAUGAUUUAAAGCUAAGACUUAGAAGCACUAUUGCCUCUAACAGCUUGUUCGCGAAAGACUCGUUUCCAAGUUUAUUUGAGAAGCUUACAUCAACAAAUAUCCUCGUUAGAAACGAUGUGUUACAGACUUUGUUACGUUGUGUUAUCUCAUAUAACCAAGAAACGAUAUUGCAGUACUAUGUGACAAUUUGGAAUGCGUUGAAGUUUGAAGUCUUACAUAAUGAUAUAUCAGAGUUUUCGCCUAAUUCAAGAGACUUAAUUCCUGAUUAUGAGAAAAUAAGUGACACUGAUGAACUUAAACCCUUGGUAUUAGCAUUGCUAAUCAUCAAAGAACUUAGCUCCACCAUGUGUGAUACUGAGUCUUCUGAAGCCUUUCUUGAGAUGGUUACGAAUGAGCUAAAUGAUAAUUUGAAGACUAUCAAGAGCAAGCUUUUCAAGCACUCAGUCUUAUUGUUGAGUGUUGUUGCUUCAAGUUCAGAUGUCGCAUUUAACUUUAUUGUUAAGGAUUUAUUCUCUUACAAUAUUUGGGGUAAAUUCAUUAACCUAGAGCCUGAGGAACCGUCGCCAGCAGAAAAUGUGGAUGCCAUUGACAUCUCGGAAGACAUUUUGCUUGAUAUAGCUAACCAGAGAGAUUUGGUAGAUUGUUUGGGAUUCAUUUUCUCCUCUUACAAGUGCUUAGCUGCGACGGCUAAUGAUAGUCUGCAAUUCUUAGCUAAUAACUCCUUAAGGAAAUAUAAAGAUUAUCUACUUAUAUUUUUGGGUCUGUUGCUAGGAUCGUCUUCCAGUUUAGAAAGAACUUUAAGGUGUAAGGUUGUACAACAAAUGACUAAACUGAUAACCUUACCAAAAUAUUUGACCUUGCAGGAUGUUCAAUUGGUCCUUGGUUACUUCAGCGAAACAAUGAUUUCGCUCAUGGAAGAAGAAAAUAAUUGGGAAAAAGAUGUAGUAGUUGAAGAAAUUGUGCAAGGCUUAAGAGUUAUCGUGGAGGAUCAUAGCCCCAUCGAUGAACAAAAACUUGCAAAGACUUCCUUGGUUAUUGAGAUUUUUUUGCCUCCCUUAUUUGAUCGCUUAAGUUUCGACGAUGGUUCAUCUUGCAACUUGGCACAGUUCAAGAAGGUUUUAUAUAUUCUUAAAGAACUAUGUGUUAAUUACCAAAUUUUGGAAGUUUACUCAGUCCGCUUGUUAAGCAAAUUGGAACCUCUUGAAAGAUCGCUGAUAAUACCUAUGGAUUCGAAAAUUGAAAUUUUCGAAGAAGUCACAAUUUUAUUCAGUGAAUGCAUAUAUAAAGUGGAAGUGAUAAAUCAAUUUUUAACAAACUCAUGGUACAGAAAUUUCGUGCCUAGAUUCUUAAGUUUGUUAUAUAACUUAACGUCGCAGAAAAAUGAUUAUUUACUUGAAUUAAGUAGUGAUGUGAUUGGCUUGAUUGUAAAGUUUACGGAUGGUUCCAAACAUCAGGAAAUUUUCGAUGAUUUUGUCAGAUUACUUCUCAUGAAUAAACCUGUUUUUGAAAAUGUGAGAGCCCAGAACUUAAUAGAGGACCCCAAUUCAACAAUUACGUUAUUCAACAAAGUUUUAUCCAAUAUUGAUAAAUCUGUUGAAGUCAAUUUAGUUGAUGUGAAAACAGUAAUUUCUCUGGAAAUUGAUGUCAUUUAUGAGAUCGAAGGAGAUGAUUUAUUGAGAUUAAACUACUUGCAGAAUAUUGCAUUGUGGACAAACAAGUUUGUAAUACUGAAGUCCGAAUUAAAUUUCGUUGAGAAUAAGAUGGAAUUUUUGUUUUCUGAAAUAGUUAUAGAAAGUGAUAAGGAAUUUAGCACUCACAUUAUCAAGAGCUUUGAGGUCUUGAUUUGGCUUAUCAAAGCACUUGUUUUGAGAAAUUGCGAAAUAGGAACCACCUACUUAUUAAAGAUCAUUGGUUUAUUGCAAAACAAAAAUCAAAGAAUUAAAGAAUUGGCAGCAAAUUCAUUGGACAUUAUAUUUAUUGAUUUGCCACUCUUUAAAAAUCUGACUCCAAAGGUAAAAAGAAUUAUAUCGAAGGUCGCAAACUUGAAUGUGAGGUUAUUAUAUAAACAACAAAACUUUGAAUUAAUUUUACCAAAGUUAAUCGAUGGGUACACAGAGACCAAAGAUGAAUAUUACUUGCUUUCCAUGUCUUUAAUUUUGAAAAAUUUGCCUAGUAAUAUACUCAGGCCCCAUUUGAAGACCAUUUUACCAUUAAUAUUAAACAGCUUACUGAUAAAAAACUCCACAACUUUAAAUGCAUCUCUAUCGACUUUGGACGUUAUCAUUAAUGAAAAUCCAGAUUUGAUUGUGCCACACGUGUCCUCCAUAAUUCCUAAAUUGAUUGAGUUAUCGGUUGGCAAAGUUGCUAGCAACAAAAAGUUGGUGAACGACGUAAGUAUUAGACUUCUUAGCUUGGAAUGUCUUUCAAGUAUUAUCGGAAAGAUUGACUUACAGUAUCUUCUCAAAUAUAAACACAAUUUGAUACAGAGCUUGGAAAAAGGUUUAGAUGAUAAAAAAAGAGAUGUCAGGAAGUUGUGUUCUGACUUACGCCAGGCUUUGUUUGAACUUGGAAGGUAG